AUGAAGUUCACUAAUGAAAUUCAUGCAAUUUCUGAUAUUGUCAAAAGACUAGAAAUAUCUUGUGAAAGUGAGCUAAAACCUGUUAAGGAGUCUGUACAGCGACAUCUAAGAGACUUCAAAGAUGGUUCUCUUAAUGGAACAGAUUUACAGAAAAACUUGAAAAUAACAUUGGCAUCGUUUCCUAAGUGGAUUGGGGUGCUAAAUAACUCUAAGAUUGUGGAUUUGUUCAAUGCUUUCAGCGAAGUUUACCAACAAGACAUUCAAGCAGUGGAUUUCAAUAAAAUUGUUGCUGCCCAACGAAUUAGGAGUGGGUAUAUGUAUGAAAAAAAUACUUUGAACAUUGAACAGUUAUCGAAAAGUAAACUCAAAAAUCUUCGCUCACUUCGGAAUUCCUGUUACGGAUACUUCGAUUGCAUAUUCCAGAUUAUUGAUGUUGUUGUCUCUGCCAAACAUAGGGUUAUAGUCAAAGUCUGGGAUGGAUUACAGCAUCAUUCCUUAGAUAAACUCUUCUACUUACCUCAACAAGACUAUUUGGAAAAAGUAUGUCCGGCUAGUAUCUAUUCUUUGGUUAGUAAAGAUUAUAACGUUGAAAUUCUGACUUAUGGUUCUUUUGCUAGACAAGCCAAGCUAUUGAAGCCUGGUGAUAUUGUUAUGUUUGUAAAUAUUCAUUUGGCUGUUACUGAUGUCUCCACCUGGAACUUGACAAUGCACGAAGGAGGUGCUUCUUUCAAUCGAGGUAUUUACCACGUUAAUCCAGCAUCUGAUGAAUACAAGGAAGUUGAGAGCCGCUGCAUGCGAACUAUGGAAGAACUUAUUAAUGUUGAAGAUUCUUUCAAUAUUGAAUGCUUGGUUAGUGACUUGAGUGGUCAAAAUGAAGUUCACUCGAAUGCAAUACGAGAACAUACCAAGAAUACUAAUAGCAAUCUCGAGGAUACUCUAAACCCUUUUGCUUCUGUAAUUUCUGACGCUCUAGACAAGAGUCCUGCCAUUAGCCCAAACGGACCAGUUCCAUUCAAUCGCAGAGAAUCACUCAACAACUUAUCACAUACUGCUAACAAUAGAAAGAGAUCUUUCGAACCUUCUGGAGGUCCUGCUCCAGACAAGGGAACAACGAUCUCAAUGGACAAUAAUCAACAAGCUAGUUCUGCCGUACAACCCCGAAAAUCUCCGGUUGUACCGUUACGAACUUCAUCCAUUCAGGGUUCUUCUUCUACUAAAUCAUCUGCUCCAUCGAACAUUGUAACCAAAAAGGUCCAAAUAGCUCACACAACUCACACAGCUUGUACAAUAAACCCUCCGAAGGUGAAAGAAGUGUCAUCAAAUGACAAUCCGGUAACUGCUUCCAAGACUCAGAAUGUUGCUGGUACACAGGAUUUCACUUAUUGGCCGGAGCGAUCGAACCAUUCAAAACCUAAAGCUCCCAGACAUCGAUCAACUCCGAAGGCAAAGACCAAUGGCUUGGCGAAUCUUUCUGAUCCAGGUUUCGAAGAAAAGAUAGUCAAUGCUAUUUUUUCUCGCCCGAAUUGGUUGAACGACACAACACUGCCUGAAGAAAUCCGAAGGAAACUUUCUCCUAUAAAAAAAGUAACCUCAGAAGAGUUAUCUGCGCCUCAAGUGUCGAAGGAAACAGUCCACGCGGAGAUCAUUGAAGUGGAAUCUUCUUCUGAUGAUGAAAUAGUCAUAAUCAUGCCACCAAAACCAAACCUAUCAAUGCGUUCUUUAAGAGCACGGCGGAUUAAAUGA